UAUCUCCAGAAACAAGAUCUCAAAUCGAAACUAUGAUAGUGAAACGGAAACAUAAAUAUACCCUCAAUUCAUUCGUACUAUACCGACGAAAUCCCAUUCGUAGUAUAGUGACGAAUCACGUGAUGAUACCAGUAAAUAGCACAACGUCAAGCAAGCCAGUUAUACAACUGAAUAUAUCUGAUACCAGAAAAGGGACAGAAAAUGAUUUAAUUGAUCCAGUUAACUAUACAGCUGAAAUCAGCAAUCCACAUGAUUUUGAAUUCACAAUUAAUGAAAAUCAAACUUGCAAGAACGAUGUUUUUCUUCUUGUGUAUGUCUACACAGCACCAGGAAAUUUUGCUCGCAGAAUGGCCAUCAGGAGUACGUGGGGAAAUACAACUUCAUACAAUAAACCUGACAAAAAUGUCAAAGUAAUUUUUUUGCUUGGAAAAACUACUGAGACUCUACAAUCCAAAAUAAGAGCAGAGAGUUUACUAUUUAAGGACAUAAUUCAAGAGAACUUUGUGGACUCGUACAGAAAUUUAACAUAUAAAGGUGUGAUGGGAUUAAAAUGGGUUGGAAAGUAUUGCCCAAAUGCUACAUUUGCUCUCAAAGUUGACGAUGAUGUUUUUGUCAAUAUAUUCAGUUUAGUAAAAUAUUUGGAGAAAAGUAACAGUAAUAAGGUUAUAUAUGGACAUAUGUGGCCAUUAGGAUCAAAGAGACCUGUUAUCAGGGACAAAAAAAAUAAAUGGUAUGUAUCGAGGGAGGAAUUUCCCAUGGACUUUUUCCCACAAUACGCUACUGGUAUGGCAUAUGUUAUUUCCGGCUCUGCAGUGAAGACAUUAUACGACACAUCGCUACAUUUGAAGUUUGUCUCGAUGGAGGAUUUUUACAUUACAGGCCGUGUUGCAAAAUCUGUUAAUGUCACAUUACACAACAUGCAUGGCUUUCUGUUCAGUCCAAGUGUUGAACACUUUUUUAAACAAAAAAAAGAACAAACAGAAAUAAUUCAAAACAAUAACUGGAAGUUUGCAUUCAGUGGAUCAAACAAUAUGACUUCUUUAAAUAUUUUAUGGGAUAAAUUAAUAUCUGAACAAAAUAUGUAACCCAUUUUAUGAUUUUGGAUUUUGGAUGUUGUAGGGGAGCCUGAAAUAAUAAUAAUAUUUAAAAAAUAUUACUCAUUUUAAUAUCAAAAUCAUUCAGAUUGAUUUUUAUGUCACUACCAAAAGGGGUGACAUAUUGUUAUAGUCUCCAACUUUUUUGUGGAUGGUGUUUGGCAUUUAGCAGUAUAUAAGUGUCGGCAUUCAGCGGUUGUCAACUGUGUCAAAUGGCAGGUAGUGAAAUUUUGCAUGUUAAUGCCUUCUUGGUAUUUUAUUUUUUUUACUAAAGCAUCCUGGGUCUCACAUAACGUCUUAAUAUAUAGUAUAAUACAAUUAUUUCAUUCUGUUGAGUUGAAUAUAUGUGUAUCUUUCACAAGCAAUAUUCCCCAAAACCCUGAAGGGUAGGGGAAUAAUAAUCCUGUGAAAG